UUUGGCUGUUAUUCACCAGCUUUCUCUCAUUUCCCAGCCAGGUGCUUCGCAAAGCUAGACACCUUCAAGACAAGCGCAAACACUUAAAGACUUUUCAGCAGCGGACCUCGGUACCUUUUCUGGAUCUAGUUUUGCAAAACAGGAGACCUGGAUUUUUGUUUACCAUUCAAGAACUGGUAUGCUCAGUUCAACUCUACGUGACAGGUGAACUGUUUUAUAACGAACUUGUUUACAAAAAAAAUUAACAGGGAACAUCAACUUGAAGUAACAACCUAAUACAACAAAAUGUCAAAGCCAGUUGAUCAUAUUAAAAGACCCAUGAAUGCGUUCAUGGUUUGGUCUCGGGGCCAAAGGAGGAAGAUGGCACAGGAGAAUCCAAAAAUGCACAACUCCGAAAUCAGCAAAAGGCUGGGAGCAGAGUGGAAACUACUGUCAGAAUCAGAAAAGCGACCUUACAUUGACGAGGCAAAGAGACUCCGGGCGCAGCACAUGAAAGAACACCCCGACUACAAGUACCGACCGAGGCGUAAGCCCAAGAAUUUGUUAAAGAAAGACAGGUACGUCUUCCCUCUGCCCUACCUUGGAGACACAGACCACUUUAAAGGGCUCCCAGUCUCAGCCACGGACUCUCUUUUGAGUGCUUCAGAAAAAGCCCGAGCAUUCCUCCCUCCGACCUCGGCACCUUACUCCUUCCUCGACCCCAGCCAGUUCAGCUCGAGCGCCAUUCAGAAGAUGACGGAGAUGCCUCACGGGCUGACCCCCAGCACUCUGUCCUACCCCUCUUCUCUGGGAUACCAGAACGGAGCUUUCGGAAGUUUGAGUUGCCCCAGCCAGCACACCCACACCCACCCGUCACCCACCAACCCUGGCUAUGUGGUGCCAUGUAACUGUACGGCCUGGUCAGCGUCUAGUUUACAGCCACCAGUUGCCUACAUACUUUUCCCAGGUAUGACCAAGACUGGAAUAGACCCAUAUUCCUCAGCACACGCAGCUGCUAUGUAAUACAAACGCGAGACAUUGAAACUUGAACCCAACAACAAAUGCAUGUACAUAAAGACAGUGCGACACACUCAGUCAAAUAAUUUAAUGAGCAACAAUUACCGGAAGCUGGGGAUUCGUGUGAAAAAAACAAAACAAAACAAACAAACAACAACAACAAAAAAAAAUAGCAGAACUUUUCAUUCAAGACCCCCUCCCCCUUCGGCAUGAAACUGGGAGUAGCAACUCAACCAGGUGCCGCAAGAACUGUAAGAAUUGAAAAUGUUGAAACUUUUAUUGCAAGCUACCUUAAUAAAAGGCGGUUUUUAAGUUUAUUUAUUAUCAUGUAUAUUAAUGAUAUAAUGUUGUUUUUUGUUUAGGGUCUUUUUAUUUUGCACAUUAAGAAGUUCUGAUUUUUGUCUGCAAUAUUAUAAAGAAGAUCUGCUCUACCACUCACAAAUCGACUGUCAAAAACAGAACUUUGAAUAUUUUAAACAAUAUACGGGAUAUUUACUCUUAAAAAUAGUAAUUUUUUUUUUUUAUUUUUAUUUUUUUAUUUUUUGUGGUUCAGUGCAAAUAGUCACAAGUUUUUAUUUUUCAUUUUAGACAAGCUUCAGGAAUGAGGUCAGGCAGUUUAAUGUUGUAUUUUUUAAUUAAAAAUGGUAAUUUAAAUAUGUUAAAGUAUGUCAAGGAAAGAAAAUUAUUGUGUCCAGAAGGAUUUUACCUCGUUAUCUGUUCAUUUGGUGAACACAGACGUUUUGAAUAAA